AUGGGUAGUUUGCCCGUGACGCUGGAAUUCGCCGGUGGAUCUGAGCUUCUGUUCGACAAAAGGCAACGUGUGCACGACAUCACUCUGUUGUCAUCCAACGGCGAUUCGGACAGGUGGACGUUGGCUCGGCUGUUUACGUGGGUCAGGGACAACCUGCUGUCAAAAAACGCUGACAUGUUGAUCCGCGAUGGCACCGUGCGACCCGGUGUUUUGGUGCUUGUCAACGACGUUGAUUGGGAGCUACUCGACCUUCAGAACUACGUUAUCAAGCCGAAAGACAAGAUAACUUUUUUGUCAACUUUGCACGGCGGCUAA